GGUGCACCUAACCUCACAAAAAUCUUAAAUCAAAUUAACCUAACCUAAAAUUUUUUUAGAAAAAGUGAAAUAUUUGCAAUAAAAUCUUUAAUGUAAUACUGUUUAUAAUUAUGGAAACUGUAGAAAAAGAAGACGAGGAAAAUGAUUUUUACAAAAAUGCCGAAAAUUAUUGGGCUGAAAUACCAGCGACUGUUCAAGGAAUGCUGGGUGGAUUUGGUCAUAUAUCCCGCGUGGAUAUUCAAGGGUCAAAGCAAUUUUUAAAGCACCUGUUCCAAUUAAAAAAACCACCAGGAAAAACAUAUGCGUGUGAUUGUGGGGCAGGAAUUGGAAGAAUCACAAAAUAUUUAUUAUCGAAUAUCUUCGACAAAGUCGAUUUAGUAGAACAAAAUUCUAAUUUUUUAGAUCAAGCUAAAGAAUAUUUAGGACCAACCGUUUUAAGUAAAAUAGGAGAAUUUAAUCCAUGCGGCUUACAAAAUUUUUCGCCCGAAGCAAACAGAUACGACAUCAUUUGGUGUCAGUGGGUUUUAGGACAUUUAACUGAAGAAGAUUUAAUUUAUUUUAUACAAAAAUGCAGUGAAAGUUUAAGAGAAAAUGGAGUGAUUAUUAUAAAAGAAAAUGUAACUUCUUCGGGUGCAGUUGAAGAUGAUGAAAAAGACUCCUCAGUUACAAGACCUUUUUCUAUGUAUAUGGAUAUAUUUAAAAAAGCUAAUGUGAAUUGUUUUAAAAAAAUAAAACAAACUAGUUUUCCAAAAGAAUUAUACCCUGUAUACAUGUUUGCGUUACGUAAAAUCACUUAAAUAAAUUGUAUUUAUUUACA